AUGCAAGAGCACAUCCGCCGAGCCCAUCCAGAGUACUACCUACCCAAAUUGCCGGCGACGAAGGAGAGCUUCGAGCUCAUGAUCAACACGCCGCCUCAUGAUCGGCCACCGCAAGACACACACGGCAACCCCGUGCAGCUCGCCCCUCCCCUUCCACAACACCAGCACUCUGAUCUCUCAGGUCUGUCACCCACCUUCAACCUUGACCAAGGUAUAGGGCUGAACAACCCCUUCGAAGGCUACCCCGGCUUGGGGUCACAUGAUGGCGGCUACUAUACCGCCGACGACGCCGACGCAACAGCCAUAUACAAUAAUAUGCAGCUGCAGCAGCGUUCAUCCGACGAGUAUCGCCGAGGCUCACUGAUCCCCGCUGCGUCCGCGGCCGCAGCCUUGGCACAGCUGCACUAUCAUCGACCAGACUCAGCAGGGUGGGGAGAGGCUGAUAAUCAUAUCGAUCAGGUGAUUACGUUCCCUAUCAUAGAGUCGCCGACUGUGACUGAAGCGGACUUUCUUCAGACAUUCUACGCCGAUCAGCACAACCACGACAUGAAGAACCACUUCCACGUCGAUCCGGCGUUAGAUGAUCCGACGUUUCCCAUGCUGAAUGCUGACCACAGUACUCAUGGUUUACCUGGCGUAACUUCCUUCCCUUCUAGUGGUGUGGAUCACAGUGGUUUGUUACCUAGUAUUUUAGCACGGUCACCUGAACGUCCGAGUACCAUGUCUAGUAUCCAUAGAAGGAUGUCGACGACGACUGGCAGGCCAAGGAAGAGCAGUCUCAUGGGUCAACAAGCAAGACUUGGCAAGCACGAGCGGCGAAAGUCAAAGGAUUUUUCGAAGCGAAGUAGUGGCGACAGGAAAGCCUUUUCUGCUGAGCCGAGUGCUGCCGCUCUGUACGGUAAGCGCUGGGAGGACCUCAUCGACGCCGCGACCAGUGCUACAGAGGAGGAAGGGUCAAGAGAUCUGACGCCCAUCCCCGCCUCACCCUACCAAUCCCCCCAAGUCGCCUCCCGGACAUCCCUCCCACCCUUCGCCCUAGGCUCGCAAUUCCAAUCCUUCCAAGCCUCCCCCCUUAACCGCGCCCUCACCCCCCCACCAGCCGCCGACUCCGGCCUCUCGGAACUCCACCCCUACGCCAGCGUCGAAUCCUCCUUAUCAAGCGUCUCACACCACCACCACGCCAGCAGCGCAGACAGCACGGGCUCCCAAUUCCACAUCAUGAACCCCAACUCCAUCGACUCGUCCAACACCUCGCCCAUGUUCACCGGCGGCGGCACCAGCACGAGCGGGGGCGGCGGGAACGGUUCAGGUGGGAACGGGGGUUCGGCACAGAGCGUGCAGAUCUACUGCGCGCUGUGUAAGCGGCUUUCGGUGCUGAAGGAGAGUUAUGCGUGCACGAAUUGCAUUUGUGGACUCUGUGCUGUCUGUGUCGAGGCGAUUAUUAAUGGGCAGAGUCGGGGACGCAUGAGUGUUUGUCCGAAUUGUAGGGGGAUGGAUAGUAGUUUCAAGCCUUUCCAGUUGGAGUUCAGGUGA